UAUACCUUAUUGCAGUUCUAGAAUUUUUAAUAGAAAUGAUCAAAAAUUUGGAAAUUAGACAACUCAAUCUUCUCCUCCAAAUGCAUUUUUUUUGGCAUUUUAUGAAAUUCGGCUUAGACAGUUCACUUUACUGGUAUGAUGAUAUGUAUGCAAUUAUGAAAACAAUUCAUAAUCAAAGACAAAACUUAUUACAGGCAAAGGAGGGUUUUACUUCUGAAAGGAUUUCUAAUCCUCAAGUAGCAGAGCUUAUGAUUGAUUUAGAUAGUGGUCUUCAGGUGUUUGAAAUAACUGCUACUGUUCCGGAUGAAGAAUCUGAAGUUUCAGAACAUUCGCCUACAGUUUCCGGUGGUAAUGAUCAUGAAAUCGAACGAUUUCUUCUAAAAUUGCUAUUAAUAUUUAAAAUGCAGAAGCCUAUUGCUAACAGUGAAAUUCAGAUUCUGCUCAACCCAUUGAACCAGAAACCGGAACUAUGUGAUGAGGAAGGAGAAGCUGAAAAUGCGUUCUUUGAUCGUUUUCCUGUAACAGGAUAUGAUCUCCCAAACCAAUGUAAAACUAGGAAUGGUAAUGUAGAGGUGGAUUGA